UCGCUCCUCAGUCUUCGUUGAGUUGGUUUUUGUUGGUGUUGGUGGAUUGUGAUCGUUCGAAACCUCGGUUGCGUUUUUGUCUUAAUUUUAUCAAAGUGUAUUUCCUAUUGUCCAUGCGUUGGGUUUUGGGAAAACGAUAGUUUAGGUUGGUUGGCGAGAGGCUGGAAGACUUUUUAGACUUGUCAAUCACAGGAAUCACCAAACAGGAUAUUAGCUUUGCAGAUAUUCGGCAAAUGGCACAUUUCCUGAAGAUGAAGUAAUAUUACAGUUCAUCACUACGGCAAAGCCGAGUCAUAGAAAAUGGGUUUCAGAAACUGAUUCCUGGGCUUUUUUCUAGUCGCAUUACUCCUCGUGACUCGAGGGGCUAAUGGACGCUCGCCUGUGCACGCGAUCUCCAAUCGCGCUAUUUUACCCGAGUAUGUUUUCAUGAAUUUCACCGACAUCGCUGGUGCGUGUCUAUGCAAGGAAUUGUGCUUGGCUGUCUCGGGAUGUACAGGUGCUACGGUCUAUGAUCAUGGCAAUGGUGUCUAUGACUGUCUAAUCAGCAACAAAAAGCCUCUUGGAUACUUUGACAUGAAGUCAGACGCGGCUGCAUUGACCAUCAGAAAACAAAAGGCUCCAAAAUGUGAUGGUCCAUUCACAUUAACUGAGGUCGGGUGCAUAAUGCUGCUGGAAGAACUCCAUAUUGCCAAAACUUGUCGUAGGUUAUGUCAGUCUCUGGAUGCAGAUCUUGCUGUCGUGGAGAUAAAUGAACAGCAAAGGAAGUUAUGGGAUAGACUGAAAAGCAUCUACAAUAAGCCCGACUUUUAUUUCUUCUGGAUUGGAAUUGAGAAGAGCCAGUGGCUCACUGGUGUACCUGUGACCACUUUUACAUCACCAAAUAGUUGUGGAACCAUCCGGGAAAACGGAGUCAUUAGGGAAUCGCUAGAAUGUGCAGAAGCUCUUUAUUGUGUCUGUCAACGUUUCGUGUAUGAGUAAACAUCUUCAGUCACAAUGAGGAAGGAACCCAAGUUUAGCUUUGAUGAACACCUAUCAUGUUUGUGUUAGCCUUUUUGUGUGUAAGAAUGAACUUUGUCGUUAAUAGGGUUAUUUCUGGGUCCGACAGACUUUUUUCUUACGGAACUCUCUGGAAGUUAGAAUUGAGGAAUUCCAGUUUACUAGUGAAAAAACAAUAAUAAUAGAUGGGCAACUGGGGAAAUCAUAAACCUUUCUUUUUUUAUGCAAUGUUGUAUGUAGCAACCUUACUGACCACAGACUUUUUUUUCUUACGGAACUCUCUGGAAGUAGACUUGAGGAAUUCCAGCUUACUAGUGAAAACCAAUAGUA